CUCUUCUUCUUUCUUUUCUGGGCUGGUUUGAUGUUUGUCACUGGCUAUGCUGUGAUGGCUGGUGCUGCAGAAAGACUUGUGCUUGGAUAUGACAGCUUUGGGAACGUAUGUGGCAGGAAGAACACUCCUGUGGAAGGGGCACCCCUUUCUGGACAGGAUAUGACUAAUAAAAAGUAUGUGUUCUUUCUGAAUUCGUGCAGCCUGGAAAUGCAAAGCUUCAAAAUAAGUUCACUUUCCUUGUGUGUGUCUAGUUGUCCAGAAGAGAAACUCAACUCUUUGGAAGAUCUCCAGAGUUUUGCAAGGAACAAUGGUUCUUGUCUCUGCGUUUACAACCUGAACGUUUCCAGUUACACGCUAGAUCCAAAAGCAGCUGAGCUGUGUCCCACACUGCCAGUUCCACCAAGUAAAUCUUUUCCAUUAUUGAAUCGAUGUGUUCCACAAAGUCCUGAGUGUUAUUCCCAAUAUGCCUCUGUCUUGAUCAACAUGGUUAAUGAAAUGGAUGUGUUUCACCGUAUCCUGAGCGGAAUAUUGGUAGGAAGAGAUACUGUGAUAGGACUGAGUGUCUUUGCACUAGCCUUCUCUUUUAUAGUGAUUUUAGCCUUCAGAUUUAUUCGGACGCUUCUUGUGCAUACUUUGAUUGCACUACUGGUGUUUGGUUUGUUGUUUGUCUCAGGUGUUGUCUGGUGGCUCUAUUACGACUACAGAAACGAUCCCAGCACUGAAUUGGAAACAGAAAAGGAAAAUGUAAAAUUUCUCCUUGGGUAUGCUAUCUUCUCAACAGUACUUACUGUUGUUCUGCUUUCCCUUAUGCUUCCACUGAGAAAGAGGCUUCAGUCCACUAUACAGCUCUUUCAAAUUGUUAGUGAAAUCAUUGGCAGAAUUCCUUUCCUCCUGUUCCAGCCAUUCUGCACCUUUCUGAUCCUCGUGAUGUUCUGGGUGUUUUGGGUUGCUGUACUACUUAGCUUAGGAACAGCAGGUACUGCACAGACUACUUCAGGAGGACAAGUGGAAUACAGAGCUCUGUCUGGAAUUUGCUACAUGUUCUGGUAUCAUUUUGUUGGCCUUAUCUGGACCAGUGAAUUCAUUCUUGCCUGUCAGCAAAUGACGAUUGCUGGGGCAGUGGCCUCUUGUUACUUCAACAGAAAUAAAAGUAGUCCUCCACCUCACCCAGUCCUGUCUUCCAUGUCAGUUCUUUUUUGCUACCAUCUAGGAACUGCCGUAAAAGGCUCCUUUCUAAUCACAGUGCUGAGAGUACCAAGGAUUGUCCUCUUAUACCUUUAUAAUGCCCUAAAACAAAAGGAGAGUGCAUGUGCAAAGUGCCCAUUCAAGUGCUGUUUGUGCUGGUGUUGGUGCCAGGGGAGUUGCUUAAGAUACUCUAACCAGCAUGCAUACACAGCUACCACCAUAAAUGGGACAAACUUCUGUACCUCAGCAAAGGACGCUGGCUUUGUUUUGGAGAAGAGCUCUGCUAAACUUGCAUCCAUCAGCUGCCCUGGAGAUUUUCUCCUGUUUCUAGCAAAGGUGUUUGUUGUGUGUUUUACUGUUUUCGGAGGACUGAUGGCAUUUAACUACCAUCGGGAGCUGCAAACUUGGGUAGUUCCUCUGCUGCUGGUUGGAUUUUUUGCCUAUGUGUUGUCCCACAGCUUUCUGUCUGUGUUUGAAGUGACAGCAGAUGCCCUGCUCCUUUGCUUUGCUAUUGACAUGGAAACAAACGAUGGAUCUGCAGAGAAGCCAUACUUCGUGGAUCAGGAGCUGCUGACCUUUGUGAGUCGAAGUAACAAGGUAGCAGAAAGGCAAAAGCGCAGGAGCAUGAGACCUUCCCAAGACAAUGAAGAUGGCAUAGAGCUGCAGCCUAUGACAGGAAUGUGAGGUGCCCUGGGAGCGUGAAGACAGACCAGCA